UGGCCCUGCCCUGCCCUGCUAUUUUCGCAGCCUGCCCUGUCCUGCCCUGUCAGGGCAGGGCAGGGCAGGGCAGGUUACCUGCAUCCUGCAGGGCUCUAUACUAUUUGUAAAUAUUUCAAAUAUAAUGCCAUUUCGUUGCUAUUGAACUAAUUGAAGAAAUAAAGAAGAAUGUUUAUUUUUUAAUUACUAGUAAACCAACAUUAAUUCUAGAAAAAUAAGAAGUGACACAGUGACGAGAGUGUUUACCGCACCGUCGGCUCUCGUACUCAUACUGCAUAACAAACAUAUUGUGAUAUAUUUCAAGAUUUUUUUUCACAUGAGAAAAAACCUGAACAAUCUAUUAUGACAUUUGACUUACAAGGGAAUCUUAUCAGAUACGUCCCUCGAAUUUUAAUGAAUUUUUGUCUAUAGAUACUACAUAGUGUUCUAGUAAGAACCCAAGAAAGGAUUUCGGUUCCUAUCACUUCCUUCAAAAGUUAUCAUAUCGAAAAAUUUAUAAAUCAAAAAUAUCAUGUUGUUCUGAAGUACUUGUGAAACAUACCAAGGAGCACAAUCUUCGUUUUUUUUUUGUGGUUAGAUUAUCAAAAUUCAGUAAAAUGUUGUUUUUUUUUUUACAUAUUGAUGGUUGUUUUGAGAAUUUUUCUGUCUUGGAUAACCCCAUUGGCCAUAGAAAGGUUUCAAAAGAUGCAGAAUGUCAAGAGUUUAUAGAAACUUGAUUCAUUUUUGCGCAGUGUUAUAACUCAUUGAGGUUAUGAGAAAAUUACAAGUAAAAGAACGACCAUCAAACAUAUAUCCUCUCUUUUUUUGAAAGCAGAAUCAACUACUAAAACUUAUCAUCAUAAACAAUGGUAAUAUCCGAUUUUAUAGAGAAUUCUUUUCUGUAUUUUUUGAGACCUUUCCUACACUAAUGGGAUUAUCCAAAACAAACAAAUCUCAAAAUAACCAUCAAUAUGUAAAAAAAAGAAACAUUUUAUUGAAUUUUUAUGAUCUAACCAAAAAAGAACGAAGAUUGUGCUUCUUGACAUUUUUCACAAGUACUUCAAAACAACAUGAUAUUUUUAAUUUAUAAGUUUCUCGAUAUGAUAACUUUUGAAGGAAGCAAUGGGAACCCAAAUCCUUUUUGGAUUUUUACUAGGACACUAUGUAGUAUCUAUAGACAAAAAUUCAUUGAAAUCCGAGAGGAGCAUCUGAAAAGGUUCCGUCGUUAGUCUAUUUGUGAUCGCAUAACAAGAUAACAGGGUGUGGUUCGGUGAGAGAAGAGUAGAUCUAAACUUACCCAGUCACAUCCAUCUUCAUCAUAUUCAUUCUCCUACUUGUUUGAAUGAGAAUAUUUUUUGUUGAUCAUUACUUUCGACGGCACAAUUGCAAUAUAUCAUGGAUGUAACGUUUCAUGUCACUGAUGAUAUCUCAUUUUAAUAUACCUAUGUUAUUCUAAAAGGUUUAGAGAAAAAAAACAGUAGAUAAAGAAUGAGUCAACACAACAGUAAAAUAGGUCACAAAUCCAUAGCACGAUUCGACGGAACAACGGUUCUCAACAUGAUUGUUGGUGACAAAAAAAAAGAGAUAAAUCGAAUUUUCGUGAAUAAAAUUAAGAUUUACUCUACAGCGAACUUUUUAUAGCAAAACAAAAAGGUUUUCAAUAACUUGAAACUAUCUUUAUCAAAUAUUGAAAACUAGAUGUGUCUCGUUGUUUCCUGAAUGGAAAUGUUUGUUGAAACAUAAUAAGAAACUCAUAGCUAGAAGCUAAUUUUACUGCAUUUGAGAAUCGAUAAAAUAAAGCAAGUCAUAGUUUAUUACAUACGAAAGGAGAAUAAAUAAUCAAAAGAAUUCUGAUUAAUAUAAUAAAAACAAUAGAAGUCAUGCAGGAUUGUGUGGAUCUGCUGUCAUAAUAAAAGAGAUGAAAAAAAUAUUAAUAUUCAGUAAUAAGAUAUGACUUUGUAUACUUGAUCGUACUCAUCUAAGUUUAGUAAUUGAUGAAUAUUUAUUUCUAUGCUGUGAUAUAGUCUGUGUUCAGAAUUUAUAAACUAGGUAGUAAAUUUUGACUGCUGAUAAAUGUUGUUCAUAUUAUUAUCGCUACUGAUAGUUCAAUCGGCAUUAUUUCAACAGUUUAAUGUAUAUUACAUGAAAAAUGAUCAUUCAAAAGAAGUUUUUGAGCAAUCAAUGUAUGAUUGUUUGCAUUAUUACGUAAACGUGACUAGUCAUCAGUUGUAUUCUUGGUCAGCGCCAAUCGAUCUUGCAGAGCAAUAUCAGAUCUAUGUGAAUGAGAAUGAAUCAUUAUUUCAAAGGAUGGUUUGGUCAUUUUUGUCAAUAUUCAUUUCUUUUGCAGAGAUAGUUGAAAGUAUUUUUAAAUUGAAGAAAAUAUACGAUGAUCAAUUGGUCGAACCAUAUACAAUUUUUAGUAAUCUUUAAUGUUAUGUGUAUUUUAAAGUGUAAUCGUGGUGGACCAUUUCCGGCUUGUCUCGAUUGGUGUGAAAUAUGUGAUGGUAAAGUCGAUUGUAUUGAGGAAGAUAUCGAUGAAAAGGAUUGUGAUCAACUUGAAAUAAAUGAAUGUAAAGACAAUGAAUAUUGA